AUGGCGGCAAUCUCGUUUGCCGUCACAAUCACUCACAAGAUUGUGGACGAGCUGGAGAAGAAGGUGGGGCUUGUCUUCGGAGCGUUCGACGGUAGGAGGGCAUCUCGCGAUGCCAUAGCUCCUACCGUCGGAGAGAGGAUUGUGAAGCUCCUGGAGAAGAAGGUGGGCAUUAUUUUCGGCGCCUUCAGUGGCAGUAGAUCGCCAACCCUCCCUCUUCAGGUCACAUUCACUAAAAAGUUAGUGAACGACCUGGAGAGGAGGGCGGGCACCAUUUGCGCCUUGGACCUCGCCGUUGGAGUUGACGACGCGAGGCUUCAGAAUCCGGGAGCCAAUGGUAAGCGAGCAACGGGAGUGGUGGAUUUGGACCUCUGCAAAGAACCUCAACCCUCUCUCGACAGCAACCAGCGCCCCGAACUCUCUCGACUGUGGCGAUCUCGAGCCGUAGGAGCCAGUGAAGGGGGUCGCAAACGAAGAAGGACUCUCUCACCUCAAGGGCGGGAUGCGCACUUUACCAUAGAGCAUGAAGCGUCUGCGAUGUCUGGUCGGAGCCGGAGUCCACGAAAGCGGCGACGCCUCGAUAAGGACGUCACAGCAGUUGAAGACCUGACCGGCGAUACUGUCACAGCUGCAACAGAGGCAACUCCACUCGAAAUAGACGAUUCUGCGGAUUCAUAUGAAAACGAAGGCAGGGUUGUAUCUGCGAAGAGAAUCAAGCCAACUUCUGCGGAGGAAUUGGAGCAGCCAAGCAGUAAUAUCGAUGCUGCGAACCCAGCAAAAGAGCAACCCAGCUCGUCUGCCCACGAAAAUGCACGCGAGACUGGGGACUCCCACGACAAAAAGGACGUUUCGAAGAAGCGCAGAGCCCCAUGGGCUGCAGCAGCGCGCUACAAAUCCUCCGAAAACUGCUUGCCUGAUUACGGACCCGUUCAUGUUCCCCCUCCAGUGGUAGCCAAGUCGGAAGGAACAGGCAAAAUGGGACUCGUUCCAGGUGGCCCCAAACCGAUAAACCGACUGUCCUCCAACAACGGCCAGCGCGAGAAUAAGACCUUCGAUUUACAUAAUGGUUAUUCCCGGAAAGCAGAUCACAAUCCCAAUAAGAGACGAAGGGUCGGGGGAGAAUCAAUGGGGCAUACGUCUCCCAAGGAUGUAAUUGAAUUGGACGGCGUAACAGCACACAGCCAGAACCGCAGAGAGUCUUCCACGGCCAAAUCAGGAUUCAGUCACUCUCAACAUGGACAUUCGGUCAAAACGAGCUUGGGUGAUGAGGCAACCGUACCAGAAUUUAACAAAGUCGAAGCACUGAUGAAUCCAUCACGGGGGCACGACCAGAAUCGCAAAAUCCGCAAAACCAUGCAACAAAAUGAAAGCUCCUUGGAUACUCAGACGACGAAUAUCAGAAGCGGCCGAUUAUCAAAGCCAGAUGGCCCCUCAAGAGCCACAGUCGUGCGGUUAGAUGAGUCUCAGGGCGGAGAGGACCCUAAUGAUCCCAUUUCUGAUACAGGCAUGGAGUCGCCUCGACGCUGCAAUAAGUCCACCCCUCAAGUGAUCAUCAGAAGCCCUGAAGACACUGCAUUCCGCGGCUCCCCUCGAUCAAAGCCAGGCACGACUCGGGCUGGACAGGACUCGACAAAACAUCCUACAGAGAACGGUCUGAAAUCGAAGUACUUCCCUCAAGCCCACCAACCAAAAAGUGAUUCUCAAAGAGAUCUGGGUCAAACCAAGGCAAAUACUUCAAAGAGUCAUCAGGAUCAUCAAGAGGAUAACGUGGACGACCUCUCUGCAGAGCAUUACAAUGCUCCACGGGGCUCACUUGGAAAGCGGAAUCGAUCCACCAAGAGCGAGGCCGGCCAAGCCGUCGCUAUUGAUGACAGUUCAGAUGACGAGAUUACCGCUCUCAAAAAUGGGAAUAUCAAACCAAGUAUAUUUCCGAGCACGAAGAAACAAAAAUUAGGAAAGUUUGGGGAAGACAAAUACGAAAUCUCACAAAUUUUCUCGGCCACUCAUAUAUGGUUUCUGGGGGAUAACAAAAAACGAUGGUUUCUCUUUCACGACCAUGAUAAUAAUUCACUUAGGGUCGAGGGCGAUGAUGCACCCUCUUUGGGCAUGGGGCUGGUCUCUAUUAACAGCAUAGAAUUCAGCGAGGAGAGCGCCAAUGUGGUUAUUCAUAAAUCCAGGGACAUCGGCUUCGGCGGAGCAACCCAACUCUGUCUCACAUUAGGAGACUCUAAACAGAGCAAGGCCCUUGCUAAGGGACUGUCGGGUCCUACGAUCAAAGCAAUACAUAAACCAGGGGAAUACCUUGAAAAGGUUUUUGCAAUAGCUCGUAAACGGGCCGAGACGAGUUUAAAGCCUGUUCCAGCCCAGGAGGACCCAGCCGAUGUCCAACUAGCUGCGGCAAAGAUCCAAGCCAGAUCGGACAGAAGCCAGGAAGCUAAAAAGUCAACCCGUGGUCCCAGAGUUAUUGAUCAGAUGGCCAAUGGUGAUUCAGAACCAAGCCAGCAAGCUCGUGCCACUGAAGACACAAAGAACGUCAAGGAAACCGACAAACCGACAAAGCUCACCAAAGAUCACCCAAUUGCGGCAAGUGACUUUUAUGGUGGUUCUUCAACGACUGAAACUCGUUCGUCUGCGAGGCUUGCAGGGAAAGAUGUCUCAUCUCGACGGGAACCCAUGCAACGAACCCCAAGUCCCGAAAGAUGGACAGAGCAGAACCCAGGUUGGCAGAAAUCCUGGAAGAGCUCGAUCGUCUAUCCCCGUGAAGGCAGGGAUAAGGCUACCGUUGAUAAGCAAGAUAUUGAGAGGCUUGAUGAAGGCCAGUUCCUGAACGAUAACCUGAUCGAAUUCUAUAUCCGCUGGUUAGAACGUCGCGUUUCACAGGCAAACCCGAACCUUGCGAAACGGAUAUUCUUCCUUAAUACCUUCUUCUAUGAAAGACUCACCACUACCGCGAAAGGCAAGCGGGGCAUCAAUUACGAAGCCGUCCAACGGUGGACUGCCAAGAUCGACCUGCUCUCAUAUGACUACAUCGUCGUUCCAGUCAAUGAACACAAUCAUUGGUAUGUUGCUAUAAUUUGCAACGCUCCUAAACUCCUCGUCUCUGAACCUGAAGCACUUGAGCCUUCCCAAGCAGGAGAAAAUGGCGGCACUAAGGUCAAGUCUUCAUUAUCCUCUCCGUGUGCAUCGAGCCCUGCUCCGGCCAGUCUCACCGAUCUUGAAAUCGGAAUUCCGAUCAAGAAAGCAUCACCGAAGGACAAGGAGGGUGACAGUAAGGGACCAGAAGAGGCAAUCGAUACACCGGCUGAAACAGCUGUUACUGCUAGCAAUCGCAGCGAAGGCGAUAUUCAGAAACCCACCAUUUCAGAGCCAGCGCUUGUGACCUCAGAUCUGGUGCAAGCCCAAGCACCAAAGUCAACUCCAUCCAAAACAGGAAAGAGAAAGUCUAUCAUCUCUCUACGCAAGCAUGAUCCGGAAGAGCCUAGAAUCAUCACUCUAGACUCUCUUGGUCUGAAGCACUCGCCUACCUGCACCAAUCUCAAGGAAUACUUGGUCGCAGAAAUCAAAUCGAAGCGCGGGGUUGACAUACCUCCACCGGGAUCCAUUGGAAUGACAGCAACCAAUAUUCCCCAUCAGGACAACUUCUGCGACUGCGGUUUGUUCUUACUCAGUUAUGUCGAGACAUUUGUGAAGCAGCCUGAUGAAUUCGUCCGUGGUAUUCUCCAAAAUCAGGUUGAUCUUGACCCUCAGUGGCCAAAGGCUUCGGAUAUGCGAAAUCGCAUACGUGGACUACUUUUUGAUCUUCAGAGAGAGCAGAUAGCUGAGGCGGAGAGACUUCUGCAGUCGAAGGGCACAGGCAAAAAGGGAUCUAAGAGCGAUGGCAAGACCGGAGCAGCUAUGCCAGCCAAAUCUCAAUCCCGUGAGCUAUCCACUAGUGCCAGCACCUCUGUCACUUCAGACCAGUCGGUGCCGUCAGAGCAGCCUUCGAAGCAGUCUUCCCCAGAACAAUCGUCUAAAGGGCGAUUAGAUGGACAUAAAAAGAAGCUCUCUGCCCCUAAAGAAAUGAUCGACCCGGCUAGCAAUGAUCACGGAGGCCACACAGACAGAAAUACAGAGCAGUCGAUGAGACCAGAGUCCAACAAGAGCAACGGCAUGCCUCCCAAAGAAUCCCGGGACCUGAUCAAUGAUAGUCAAGGAUCGCCCGUGUCCCAAGGAAGUCACGACAGCAAGGUCCGUGAUCUAGCCAAGACAUGCGGUGGUGUCAAGGAGGAUCUCGGUAGCCACAGAACAACUGAGCGUGAUUCAGAGGAGAUGCUACUUUCUGCUGAUCCUGAGACACUCGAGAUUAACGAUUCGCAACCUACAAUUGUCCGGGAAAGUCCAUCUCACUCCGCAGAAAGCUCAUCAGGAGAGCAAAACAUGAAACUAAGAUCACCCACACCGGAUGAAGUGAAACUUCCUAGCACGAGCCGUGGCCGCGGCCGAAGACCAACUCCCUUCCCAGCUAGCCCGGGCAGGAGUUCUUUAGACGAUGAUGAUAACUCGAGAAAUUCUUCAUCGUCCGAUUUUGAUGGCCAUAAAGGAACGGACACCAAUGGUCAGAAUGGAACGAUGGAGGAUAGCAAAAGAGUCGAGGAAGAUGAAAUGCUCCUCCCCAAUAACCAGUCGUCUAAGCGUGCUGUCCGCACUCCUACUCUCAGCCCAAGACUUCUUUCUGAUGUCAAAUUCUCUUCUGUGCCCUCAUCUCCAGUCACCGCGGAACAAUACGACAGAGAGUCUCGGUUAACUUCUGCGAGUCCGCAAAAAUACAAGAAGACUGCAAAGGCUCGUAAACGCUUGCAUCUCAAUGAGUAUCAUGUGGAUGCUGCUGAUCAGGCUAUUAUUGGCAAGCAGGGGAAGCACGGGAAGCAGAAUUCUCAUAUCUUCUUCAAGGAUUGA